CUACAACAUAAGGUUCAAUCGCGCCCAGCAGAGACCAAAGAGCGAUUUGAGCCUCUCACGGGCAUCAUCUUGGUUGAGAUCCUCAAGUUCAUUCUCUCUGCGAUCUAUGUUCUGUAUUCCCUAUCAUUAUAUCCCAAAGCAGAGACGCCUUCGCCUACUUUCUUCACUGCGCAUAAGGAUGCCGCGGUGCCGGCUCUGCUUUACACCAUUGCAACAAUUCUGCAGAGCGUGGGGGCAUAUUACCUAGAUCUGGUGCCCUAUCUCGUAUUAUCGCAGCUCAAGGUCAUCAUGGCACCGCUUUUUGCCCGAACCAUCUUGAAUCAGAGAUACCCAUUGAAAAACUGGCUAUACGUCGCCAUGAUGGCGCUAGGUAUCGUUUUGGCCCAGCUCGGCAGCACUGCGGGGAAUUCGAGUGCGACCAAGCCCUUGGAGGCUCGGGCCAUCGUGCAUGGAGUGGCUUCGAUGCUGCUGGCAGGCGUCUGUGUGGCUCUAGGCAGCAUAUAUAUGGAAAAGACCAUAAAGCGAUCUGGCUUUCUGUUCCUCUGCAAUGCCCAGCUGGCUGGCUAUAGUUUUGUAUUUGCCCUCCUCUACUUUGGAUGGCUAACACAAUUCGAUUUUGCGCAUUUCUUUAGCGGCUUCACUGUGCCUGUUGUGAUCUACAUCGGCCUUCAAGUAUCGGGGGGGUUUCUUGUGGCCUGGUGCGUUCAAAGGACAAGUACUGUGACGAAAAACUAUGCCCAAGGGCUAGGGUUUUCUUUGGCUAUUAGCUUGCCUCUUGUGUUAUCCCAGCAUCGAAUCAAUAUCCAGGUGAGAUCACAUAGGAACUCGUACAAUAAUGGAUUAAGCUAA